GAUGAUUUUAAGAAGUGAGUACCGAUUCUUUUAGCAAACCGCGCACUUUACGAUAUUUGUAGUUACCAUUUAUUUUUGAAGUUUUGGCAUUACUUAAUAUUAAUUUCAAGCAUAUAAAAUGAGUAUGAUAAUGGCAUUCACAAAACAUUUACUUAAAAUUAAUGAGUUAAGUUUUUAUAUUUACGUUUACGGUAUUUUUUGUUUUUGGUGUGGCAUCGCAGUUUGUUCGACGUUACGUAGAUUAGAUUUGCACAUAUUAAUGAAAAACAAAGCACAAGAUAGCAGUAAAUGAUGUCCACACAAAAGCUGGAAUUUGAUGCCGCACUUGGCGGUGGUGUCACGCUGCCCAGCCAUGUGCCCACGUAUCAAUAUGCUGCCGGCGCACUGCAAGAGAUCAAUGCGCUUAUUGAGGAGGCCAAACUACCAAACAGUACCAAGUUGAUAUUUCAAACUUUACCCAAGCACAUGCGCCGCCGGGCCAUGUCGCAUCAUCCCAAGCGUCUGCCACGCAAGUAUCGUGCCGCUCACAAGUGCCAGAUGGGCAAAGCGGGCAAUCAGCCGGUGAACAACAAACGCCCCUCUCGCAAGUAUCGCCGCCGUCCAAAGAAUCUGCUGCGCGAAUACGUGCGCCGGCAACGCAAGCACAUCUGGCUGGAGACACACAUUUGGCAUGCCAAGCGUUUCCACAUGGUCGAUCGCUGGGGCUACCGACUGCCCUAUGCCAGCUGUGACAAGACUUAUCGCGCCUGCUAUCGUGCCAGCGCGGAACAUUGCCUGCUGCAGGAUAUCUCCUUCUACAGCUGUGUGCAGCUGCAGGGCAAUCUGGAGGAGCUGCGUGAAGGCUUUGCCAGACUCAGCAGCGCCGAGUGCGGCCUGAGCAUAGCCGCCAAGACUUUUACGAGUGGACGUCGCGAGGGCAGCAUAGAACUCUUUGCUGCUGACCAGUAUCCACUGUGUGCGCUGCAGCGCGUGAGCUUUAUGUGGCGUCCAGCGGAGCAGGAUGAAACUCGACGCACACUCUGGCUUUGGCUGCAUCCAGCUGGCGCACAGGCUGUAAUCAAUCAGCUUCUGAUCGUAUUCCAGCUAAAGUCCACACAGCAACAGCAGCUGCCGCUUGAGGCUGCAGAAGACAAAGAGCAGCAGCCAUUGCGCUUUUGGACGCACACGCAGGCCUUUCAGUUGAACAAGCACUAUGCCAGCGAGGAUAACAGUCUGGAGCUGCUCAUGUUGCAGCAAAGCUUUAAUCGCUUUCGCCUCACCGGACCACAUGCUCAGCGUGUGCUGGCCGCCAGUCUGCGUGCCUAUCGUCCGAGCACGGAGGGGACGCCAGCGUCACAGUGGCUGCAGGAACUCGACCUGACUGAGCAGCUGCAUUCGCAGGCCAGCUACUGGGAAUCGGCACAACAGCUACACUCGCCAAGCGAACUGCUAUCCAACAUGAUACUUGGCUUGAAUGUUGUAGACCCGCGACUCCAGCGCCCAAGCCAGCGCAGCAAAGCCACCAAAGCAACGAAUACAGAUGGCAACUUAGCAACGCAGCUGCUGGUCGACCAGCCGCAGUGCUUGCCACAGAGCUGCUUAUGGCAGCCGGAGCUGCGUGCACGCUUGGCGAAGCAGCAGCUUAGCAUACAUGCGUAUGAGCAACUGCGUCAGCAGCAUGCCGUUGUGCCUGGUGCGCCAUGCGCUUUCGAGUCUCAAAUGCAGCCCGUGCCAUUGCUGCUGAUACAACGUCCGGGAUCACAGCAGGCGCAGUACAAACGCUUGGGCUACGGCUCUGGCUGGGAUGUCAUAGCACCUGCGCACUAUGGCAUGUCGCUCUGGCUAACGUUCAUCAUGUGGGGCGCACGAGUCGGCGGAUUGCGUGAGUUUGAUUCAGUGGCGCGUGAAGCGGGCGCCGAGCAUCAUUUGCCGGAUACGCUGGCAGGUCAGCAGCAAGCCUCGCUGGCUGAACUGGAGCGACGCACGCGUUACUUUCGAUUGCCACCCAAUAAACGUUCCAACUAUCGCAAGCUGGCGGUGGUCAGUCCCUUUACGCCGCCUUGGCAGCAGCUAGUGCGCGAUUGGCGGCGGUCUGGAGAACAAACAACUGCUGCCAGCUUCUAUGUGCUGCGUGAGCGUCGUCUGCUGCAGUGCCUCCAAGAGUGUCUGCAACAACGUCAAGCGCUGCCGCCACAGCUGCCGGAGCACUGCCUCAUACAAGUUCAGCUGCGUUUGCAGGCGCGUGGCCAGCUAAGCGCCAACGCCUUGAUUUGCCUGCCCACGCAAGCGGACUGCAAGCAGCGCUGGCGUCAGCUCAAGCAUGCUGACCAAGCGCCCGUCCACAGCGAGCCAGCGCAGCCCGAUCUCAACGAGAGUCUGCGCAAGCAGCUGCGCCUGGAACACAAAGCUCAGCUGAAGCGUCUGCGUGGCCGGCGCGUGCGUGAGAAGCGCAAACUGCAGGAGACAAGCACAAAGCGUGUGCACAUACGUCCGGCACUAACGGCGCAGCUGGUGCGCGAGCAGCUCGACAAGAUGUGCCAGUUGUGGUUGCCUACUCCGCCAGCAGAGACGCGCGAUAGCGUGCGGCGCCAAUGUAGCCGCGAGGUCUGCGGAUAUGUCAGCAGCGCCGGCUUCAGCUUUGUUGAGGCCACCAACUGUGGCGUGGGCUACGUCACCAUCAAUGGACUGCGGCUGCUUCUGGAGUUGACAGACAAGGAGCAGCCAGUCAUGUGUCUGGUGCGUGAUGCAGACAGCCGUGAUUAUCGCUUUGCGCGACUGCAAAUUAAUCUAAGUGUAGCUGCUCAACCCUAUUAAAUUGUAAAUAUUUAUGCAAGCCAUAGAAUAAUUAUCAGUAAACAA